CGAUCCUGCGCUUUGCUGAAAGCCCGGACCAAACAGCACUCGGUGUCCAAAGCGGAACUGCACAUGAAGGCACUGCAGCACGAAUUUCUGGAUUUUGCGGACAGCGAUAUGAGCGAGGAAGAGAAGGUACACAGAUUGGAAUCAGGAGAGCAACGGAACUCGCGCAGC